AGACACCGUGCCGUCCGCGUCUCUCGAGCAGUGCGCGUCCACACGUCGCGACGACACGGCUCCUCUCUACUCGUCGCUCCAAUCCUCCAGUGCUCACGAAUUUCGGCUGCUGUCGUACGCCAUUCUAACUACCCUUUGUGCACGUGACUCUGUUGUCAGCACGAGAUUCGGACAGUUGCGGGACUAUUUUCUUCGCCUACUCUUCGUGAUUUUGCUCCCCAUAAAGCAUUCCGUUUCGAUUCAACGACGAAAGACGCGAUGUGGCAAAUGGUUCGAUCCAUCUUGUCGCACAGGAUUUAAGGGAACAGAGAAGACUCGUGUGCUCGGGAGGAAACGGGAGAAGGCGAGCGUGCAGCGUUGACUUCCGAGCGAUCGGGUGUCCGGAAGCGCAAUCGUUUCACAGCUGACGGAAUGACGUCGGAUCCAUCUCUCGUAUCGUCGUUGUCGGCGCAGCGAUCCUUCGUCUACCCUCUGAUCCUCGACGGAAUACGACGAACACGCGUUUAAUUCCUAAAAGGCGGUUCAUACAUUCGUAUCUCCCCUAAAGACGAACAAAUCCCGUGAAAAAGAGAAAGUAAAGACUGUCUCGGUAAUCUUUCUUCGUGCCGAGUAAUCGCAGUUAGAUCUCUUGAACCAUCAAUCGAAAGCCGUCGUGUGAAUAAUCUCCGGGAGAAGAUCGUUGGAGAAAAAAGUAAAUUUACGAAGGGGACGAGGAUCGUUCGUUGGACGAAGAAUCUAAGACGGCUGGAGCAAAAUGAACGCCACGAUAAUAAGCUACGAGACGACGCCGAGCAUGAUCGACUACGCUCGCAAGAUGAAUCAGGAGGAGUCGAUGAUCCAGAAUUGCGAGGCUGAUCUGCCGAUCGUCUCGCUGGUUAAUCAGAUUCUCUACUCUAUCGUCUGCAUCGUUGGUCUUCUCGGAAAUACUCUGGUGAUUUACGUGGUGUUACGGUUCUCGAAGAUGCAAACAGUGACCAACAUGUACAUCGUGAACCUGGCUAUAGCGGACGAGUGUUUCUUGAUAGGAAUACCUUUCCUGGUGACCACGAUGAGCCUACGUAGCUGGAUCUUCGGGAAGAUCAUGUGCAAAGCGUAUAUGACUACAACCAGCAUCAAUCAGUUUACCAGCAGCAUCUUCCUUUUCAUCAUGAGCGCCGAUCGUUACAUCGCCGUGUGUCAUCCGAUAUCUUCGCCGAAGAUUCGUACGCCAUUCAUCUCCAAAGUGGUCUCUCUAACAGCCUGGGCCACGAGCGCUCUCUUUAUGAUCCCUAUAUUUCUGUACGCCAACGCGAUGGAGUCUGAGAAAGGAAUCAACUGUAACAUCUACUGGCCGAACGAUCGCGGAGGCCACACUACCUUUACUUUGUACACGUUCAUCCUAGGCUUCGCCAUUCCACUGAUUCUCAUUCUGAUCUUUUAUUUCCUCGUAAUCAGGAAGCUUCAAACGGUCGGACCAAAGAACAAGUCCAAGGAGAAGAAACGAUCGCAUCGUAAAGUGACCAAGUUAGUGCUGACGGUGAUCACGGUGUACGUUUUGUGCUGGCUGCCCUACUGGCUGAUGCAAGUGGCGUUGAUCUACACUCCACCCAAACAGUGUCAGAGCAAGAUCACGAUUACCAGUUUCUUACUCGCUGGCUUUCUCAGUUAUAGCAACAGCGCGAUGAAUCCUAUCUUAUACGCUUUCCUCAGCGACAAUUUCAAGAAAAGUUUCUUGAAAGCGUGCACUUGCGCCGCUGGGAAGGACGUGAAUGCCACGUUGCAUAUCGAGAACAGUGUAUUUCCACGGCGGAACAAGGCGAACGCUGAAAGGCUUCAGUCGAAUCGACAAGCUACAUCCGGUCAAUCGAGGAUGGAGCUGGAAGACGAAGACGCCGAGAGAGGAUUACUGAUCAGCAAAACUUCCACGACGACGGUGACCAUGACGUCACGAUCGAAUAUUACCAUAGGCAACGAGCCGAGAGAUCAAACGCAGAGAGAGAAAGACGCGAUGAAAAAUGGAACACAAUUGACAUUAUUGACGCAGGUGUAAAGAAUAAACGAAGAAAACGAAGAUAACGAUUCAACGAAAUGCGAACGACGGGCUAACGAUGGCCUCUUAUUUUUUUCUUUUCCUUGUCACGAUGACCAGAUGAGCCUAGGAUCAUCGUGCAAGAAGAGAACUGAUUUUAAGGAACGAAGAAGAUCGAUGUCGUGGAACGAAUUUUCAGAUGACGUUAGAAUCGUCGAAACAGCGACUCGAUAAGAUCGUUCAUCGAAUUUUUGCUACUUUCCCUCGCGAUCCUGGUACCGAUGGAUUUGCUCCAAAAUCACGUUCGUGCGUCAACCGAAUGUAAACGCCCAUUUCUGUACAGUCGUCUCGUUCAAUUCCUUCGUUGUAGUAGCUGGUUUCGAACAAUAGCCGCAAAAAGGCUGGAAUAUUACUGGAAAUCGGUCGAGGAAGGAGGCCGAGCAUUGCUUGACCCGUGACGCACGUGCCGCCAUUGCUCCUCUUGAAGAACGGGUCAAGAGCGCGGUCAUUCCGUUUAGUUAACUCUACACGCACGCACAGCAACCGGGAGAAUAAACGAAUCGUCGAUGAGUUUGCCAAGCGCGGGAACGUAAGCGCUAUCAAAGAACAGAAACCCUUUGAUAAAAUCGCUGUUGAAGAGGCGAGUCUUAUUUCUGUACAGAAUACCAUCGCUCGAGAGAUCGUAUAAAAUUUAAUGAAAUUCCAUUGGUAAAUAAAUUAAACGAGAAGAAAAGCAAGUCAAAUUUGUACAUAUUAUAUACAUAUACCGUAGUCGAUCGAUGUAUUUAUCGAUUAACGUGGAUGGUUCAACGAAAGGAAAAAACGAACGGUUUCCGUGCCAAAGACAGAGUAUUUCAGCGACACGUUUCUGCCUAGUAAGAAGCACGACGAUAGUGCUUCAACGUCUCUACGAACGAGUCUAUUCGAUCUAUGGCUGAGAAAGAUCGAUACAGCAUGCCUCGAAGAAGAGAACAACAAGUUGCCCCGGAGACUCGCGGUUGGAACAGCUUUCUUUCGCGUUUUCUUGCUUCCUCGAUGCCUCGUUCCAUUAUUUCGAUUUUUAUUCACCCUCUUUUCUUACUCGUGACAAGGCGCACAUUGUGUGGAAGAGAAAUCGUGGCGAAGAUCGGGAUAAAAUUGUUCCAAGGACUAUCGCAAGAAGUCGUCGAGUAUUUUCGUGAUUUAUCGCUGUAUUUCGGAUCGGUUUACUUUGUGAAAACAACGUGUCGAUCAUUUAAAAAGUUAAACGUUCUUUCAGAACGUUCAAGUUGAAAAAUACAUCGUGGACGGAGACUAAUAGCGAACGUUUGACAGCGUGUUGCGUAGUUAUGGGAAUUUACCGCUUUCAUUAGUCUUAAAACUAAAAAGAAAAAAAAACUGUCGUUGUAGUUCGAGUUUGAAAAAUUCUUGUAUACGCGCACGAUGAGGAGGAUACGAAGAGAACAUCGUUUCGUCAUCCGAUGAUGGACACUGUGUUCGUGGAUCACGAUUUUUGCUCGACUUGAUCGAACCCUAGAGACAAAAACGUGUAUUUCAACAACACUAUAUACUCGAUAGUAAUUCGAAAAAUGUUCAAUGAAGUCGAGCAACAAAUAAAUCGACGUUAUGACCGUCAAUUGUCGUAUAAAAAAGAAAAGACGGGAAGAGGAAGAAAAUUGUCAGUCGCUAUCAAUUUUCUCUACUUAUCAAGUUGUGUAAAGUAAAGUAAAAGUUAACGCGUGAAUGUAUAAAGUUUCGAGAGCUGAUCAUAAAGAUCAAAAGCUGCCUUCGCAAGUAACACGUUGAAGAAUCGAGAUGGCGAUGAAAGGAUGGAAUCGUGUUUAAGGAACGUUGGUCUUCAAUAAACUAGCGAUAUAAGUAGCGAAUAGUCGCGCUGAUUGUCCUACGUUUGCCUUUCAAUCAGCAUAUCUUUUGAACUGCGAAGAGGUUUUCAUUACUACGCGUCGUUCUAUGGCACGCAAUUAUUCUGUUUCGCAAAUUUAAAAGUACGAUGCUUUUGAACCUCGAGUUAUUCUUCUUCUGAAUGUAUCUACCUCGCGAGGGAUGAAAUUUUACCCAAGAAAAACUAAAUUUCGCCGACUGGGAGAUUCAUAAAAUCACGCUGAAAUUUGAAUUUCAAUGUAUUCUAAUUUCCAGUAUACUCGACGAAACAGAAUCGAUUCGUCGCUUCUCGCGAUUCAGAAAUUUUACAAUUUUUUAAAUUUUACAGCCAAUAUCGAAUUUUACUUUAUUCCAAUUAUCCUCGUGUUCCCGCUUAAAUUAACAAUAAAUUACCGAAGUGCUAUCGCAGUUCAACUAUUAAAAGAGAAUAGAUUCGUCGUCGAAACCAGCUCGAGUAUAAGAUCUGAUCAAGCUAACAACGAAACUCAUUCUGUUUAGAAAGCAUAGUAGCUACAACAGCCACAUCGAAGAUACGCACACAGUUUCGAACGGGGCCAGUCGUGAAACAAGCUUCAACGUAUCACAUGCGAGCACAGUUCGUUUCAGCUCGUUAAUUUCAGUCUACACACGUGCUCGUAAAAGCCAAGAAACGAGCACGAGUGCGGAUCAUUAUGUGACCUACUCCUAGAUAGUCCCAGCGGGGAUGCAUUUAAAAAAUGAACAGGAACAACGUAAACGUCGUUGUAAAAAUACUUACUCGAAAUUGCGAGAACGAACGAGAACAUCGCGGCGUUCUCGUUCAGCGAGAACAGUUGGAUGAACGAGAUUGCGAUCUAGCGGUGAGAAAUUUCCGUUUCUUAAUUAAAUGUCAAACAAACGUCGAUUAUCGGAUCGUCGAUACGAACAGGUUAAACGAUAUACCGUGGCGAACUUGUUGAAAAGUGUGUAGUCGAUUCUCAUGGGUUCGCCAACUGAUAGUAAUUUCUUGCAGUCAACAUUGGCAACUUUAUACUACGGAUGGUCUUUAUUUGACGAUAUAAGCCGGCGCGAUACUGCGAGGAUCUUCGAAGAGCGUAAGUUAAAUAUCGGAAGCACUGGAAACACGAGCUGGGAAUUUUCGAAGAUUUGCUUAAAAAGCUAUCGCUUCCGCCUACGGGUUCCAUAAUCGAUUUUGCGAUAGGAAUACGAACUUUGAUCGAACAGUCAACUGUACGGGAUAUUCGUUAAACACUGUAGGUUAACUUGAUCAAUUACCAAAUAUCUUAAUUUCCGCCAAAGUAAAAUCUAAAUAUUUGACACGAUCCGUUGCAAAAGACAUACAAUACACCGCGGAAGAUAAUCUCAUUUUACCAACUCCCUCUGAAUAUUCCCGCGCGAUCAUCGGAAUUUCCAGCGUACAGCAAACAACAGGUAAACGCAAAACGGUAAUUCAGGUUGCAGAAUCCAGGUAAAUACAGCCGCGCUUAACGGAUUACAGUAGUUGAAUACCUAUCUGUAACAAUUAGAAUCCGUCGUCCAUAACGAGAUGAAGUUCCCUGCUUAAAUCAUUACGCGAAAUCUUUAAGAGAUUAGCUAACUUCUGUUUGUCCGACACCGCACAGUUUGUCCUUAUGAUAGAAUAAAAAAAAGGAUCUGUUUCGCGAGCCUAACGAUUUAAAAA